UUCACGGCAUUGACCUCUUAUAGGCAGAUGUUGAUGUUCGAAGUACACUUUAUAUACUUGGUUCAUAAUAGGUGAUAUAGCCAGUAUAAACGUAUGCAUGCACCGGGUCAUGCUAUGGAGCGGCGGAUCGCUGUGUCUUUAGUCUUAAAACGGAAAACUGAGGUUUGCACCUGUAGGCCUACUGCAGCUCCUCGUUUAACUCAAGCAAGCAUUCAACCAUCUGAGAGUAUAUCCGGCUGUUCAAGUAAGAUAUAGCCUCACUGCUAUUUGAACCGCUAGCGACGUUGAGGGCGGAAGAGAAUAUGUCAGAAGUUUAAUCCGGCUGUGGCAAGGAUGAACAGUGUAAGGUGAAGCAGAAACGGUAAGACAUGGCAGGCAACCUUAGCUUAUCCGAGGCGACGCAGUUUCUUGAGGGCGUCCUACAGAUGCACUCACCCAUGGAUAGUUUAGCGAGAGAUCGGGUCAGCUUCCUGCGUGACCUCAUCGCUGCCUUCAUGUCCAAGAUUCCCUUCCAGAGUGUGACUGCGAUCGCCACGCCCAAACCAGAGAGACGCGGGUUGACCUUCCAGGAGAUCAAGGUCGAAAUGACGACUCGGAGGGGCGGCCUGUGCUUCGAGAUAAACUACUUCACGAAGGUGCUGUUGGAAAGGCUAGGAUUUGAGGUUUACCACAUUGGAUGCACGUUCAUGGGAAAACCGAACAAUCAUCUGUCAACAGUGGUCAAGAAUCUGAGUCGGCCGGGCGACCUGCAUCUAGUAGAUGUUGGCUGCGGGCAUCCCGUGUUUGAGCCAAUCCCAAUGGACUUUGACAAGGAGUCGCCCUUAUACAAGGCCAGCUAUCUAGUCCAUAAAUUCGUGAAGGACGCGGAUGGCAGCUUCCGAUGGAUGCACAAAUCAUUACAGGACUACGACGGCCCACCGAGAAGUGUCGUCCACGAUUGGUACACGUUCUUGGAGUUCAAAUUGGAGUUCCGGGAUAUCGAGUUCUUUGCCCCCCACAUGGAGAACAUCCACACCGUGGAGAGCGGCCCUGAGGCCUUGUCACAAUUCUUGGUUAAAUUGAAGGCAGUAGUCUUCCGCAACGGGAAGCUAUUUGCCAUCACCGGCACAUCCAACGUGGAGGAAGACGCCAGUGGUAAGGUCAACAAGAAGCGCAGUUCGUCCCCUCAAGAGUUGGCGGAGGUGUAUAAGGUUCACUUCCCACAAUUUUCUGCGGAGACUGUACAGCGGGCUAUACAGACUGUCACACUCAAGUUUGAAAAAUAGCUUUGUGAAUCACGUUUCCGACUUGUUAAAAUGUGCAGUGAGUAACAUACCAACAGAAAAUGAAAUCAGUUCAUCUGUUUAUUAGAUACUUGAAUCCAUAUAAGAUGAUUUGCUUUUCACGCAUUAAGUGUCGUAUAAAUAACACCACGCAAAAUCCAGAGCAGUAUGUUUAAAUGUAUGUUACACUUUUUGAGAAAACAGUACACAAAAACAAAAAUGUAAAAUAUGUAUUACGAAACACGAUUUUGUCGUCAACAAAUUGUAUUUCCUAUCGAUCAGUGUGGUUUCUUCGGAACGACAGCAACCCAGAUUGAAUAAUUUCAGGAGGUGUUUGGUACCAAUAAGAUCUUUAAUCCAAGAAGGGUUUUGGUAAUAAUUCGCUAGGUUACUUUUUGGGGGCAAUGCAAAUGAUCAUAUUGCUUUUGUUUGCGUUAUGAGUAACUUGUGUACGCACAUGAUCAAACAGAUACUUUAGACUACGAACUUUUUCAAGUCUGCGAAAGUAAUCGCCGAAAUCGGAGUUGUAGAAACGUCAGUAAAAAUAAAAUAGUUGUAGAAACGUCAGCACAAAGUAUAAUAGGUCUGCGUUUGAUGAAUUUCAGAGACAAUUGUUCAUUCGUCAUGUGGAGGUGUCUAUUAUAAUUCUGGCGAUUCACAAUGCAGUGGGCCACCAAGAGUUUGCCACAGAGAGUUCAUUUUUCCCAGUGCAUAUAUUGUG